AUGGCGGAGAAGCGGAAACUUUUGAAUGAAAUGGAGAAGUGCUUCAAGAAGGUGAGUUUUAAUGUUGGUUAUGUAUAUUGGUUAAUUCAGGUGGAUGAAGGUGUCGACUUAUUCCAAGAUAUUAUGGAUAAGAUGGCCGAGGCCAACUCGGAUAAUCAGAGGGAGAAACUGCAAGAUGACUUGAAGAAGGAGAUCAAGAAGUUGCAGAGGUUACGUGACCAAAUAAAGGGCUGGCAGAACAGUUCCGAUAUUAAGGUCUGCUUUGAUAUAAUAUUCUUAGUUUUGUUCUACGUAAAAAUUUUGAAAAAUUUAUUAAUUUAUGAUUUUUCAGGACAAAGACAAACUGUUUCAUUACCGAAAAGUGAUUGAAGGAAAGAUGGAGACGUUCAAAGAUGUGGAACGGGAGAACAAGACCAAACCACACAGUAAGCAAGGUCUAUCAGCUGAAGAAAAGCUAGAUCCAAAAGAAAGGGAAAAGGCAGACGUCUUAGAUUGGUUAAAUGUAAGAAUAUUGUUUUAGUUUUUUAUUCUGGGUUUAGUCGCAAAUCAGGAAGAUCCAAGAUGUUGUGGACAGGACAGAGUCUAAGAUUGAAGCUAUUUCUUCUGCUUCUGAUGGAGGAAGGAAGCGAGGUCGAAAGAAUGACCAGAAUCAUGAGAAAGAAGUAUGUUGGCAACGUUUUCUUUAUUUUUUCGACUUGGUACAUAAAUUUACUUCUUUAGAUAAAAAACUACUUUAUAUCUUAUAAAGAAUGUUUUUAACAAUCUUUUUUUUCUUAGGCAUUAGCAGAGUUGCAAAAACAAUUAGACCGAGUAAAGUACGACUUAGAGAUGUUGGAAGUCUGUAUGAGAGGUAUCAACAACGAAAAAGUGAACAUCAAAGAUGUUGUAAGUAAACUAAAAGACCCAUUGGAGAUGUACGUUGAUGCAAUGGAUCCUGACAAUGAUGACGAUCCUACUAUGUUAGAGCCUGAUGGUAUGUUUAACACUUUCUAGUAACUUUUCUUCUAUAAAUGACACUGUGGCUUUGAAAUGCUAUAUAAUAGUUUCUUCAGAGAUUUACGAAGAACUGCGUUUGCACGAAUAUAGUGAAUUUGUUGGAAUUCACACAGGUGAUGACGAGAAAGGUGAGAGGUGGUUUAUAUUAUGUCAUAUCAUUGCUUUAUAGAUCAUUCGAUGUCACCAACACGGGACGAUAAGCACGAGACUAAAACAACAAGGUCAAAAUCGAUUUCCUCAACAGCAACUGUACCAACUACUCCAACAACACCAGCUGGGCCCAUUUCAUCGUCGAACCGAGUAACGCGACAGUCAAGUGGAGAGCCGGCUCCUGUUUCACCCCCUCCCUCUUCUUUGAACCAACCUCCACUAACUCCAUCUAGUCAGAAAACGGCGUCAACGAAGGUUUGGAACAAUUCGAAGUAAGUUUUUUGAUAUUUGUUUUUGGUAUUUUAGGUAAUUUCGAAAAUUUCGUCUUUAUUAAAGAGAGUUUUAACUAAAUGUAUAUGGCAGUUGCUUGGCAUACUUUUAUUUUACUUUUUUGAAUUGUAGACAAUUCUCGACGAAUUCUCAAGCGUCGUAUGCGGCUACUGCAGCUCCACGAGCACCGUCGCCUGUGCAGAGACCAACUACACCAGCUGGAGGAUCAAUUGGAGAUGCUCCUCGACAUUCAUCAUCAACCCCACCUGUAACAUACGCAGCGAUAGCAGGUAAAAGCGCUACCGACGCACCUGUAACGCCCCCAGAGUCUGUAGAUUCAGAAAUAAAACUAGGAGAAGACAGUCGAAUAAAGGACGAGAGAAUUAAUCCUGAAGAAAUAUCAAGUGUGAUCAACAACUACUCUUCUCAGCUAGAUGACUACGUCAAGUAUGAGGAAAGCUCGAAUCUAGAACCAAAAACCGUAGGUUGUUUUGAAGAUUAUGUUUAGUAUUUAAGAUUCUAAUGUUUAUAAUAAUUUUUAUGGUUUUAGGCAAUAAUAACCCCUGGAGAUGGUGCUUGUCCCUUGGGUAAGAUCGAAAUCACCGAUGAACUAGAGACACAAUUAACGUUAGUCAACGCAGCCGCCACCAAGAAACCCACGCCGAUGGAUUCGGAGAAAGUGAGGCUGCAUCUGCCUAAGGUGCCGUAUAAUAUGUCCAGCUAUAGCUAUCCCCAGACGAUGCUUCAGGAGAGCGAUACGUUGGAAUACUUCAGCAAACUGACUCCAGAAUCCCUGUUCUUCACGUUCUACUACAUGGAAGGCUCGAAAGCCCAGAUGCUGGCCGCGCAAGCUUUAAAGAAGUUAUCCUGGCGGUAUCACACUAAGCUUCUGAUGUGGUUUCAACGUCACGAAGAACCCAAGUUGAUAACCGACGACUACGAGCAGGGAGCCUACAUCUUCUUCGACUACGAGAAAUGGUCACAACGAAAAAAGGACACCUUUACUUUCGAAUACAGGUAUUUGGAGGACAAGGACGUAGAGUAG